UCAUUCACUCCUGCUGCACAGGUUUUAAGGGAAUGCAAAGAGAAAGAGGGAAAGCCAGAGAGGGGAACAUUAGGCAAAGGGUUUUCUAAGAGGAGGAGAAGGAGUGUGAAGGAGUGAGGCAGUGGAAGAGAGGACAAGUGUUCAGGAGUGGGACUAUCCAGCAGUGGCAGGUUCUUCCAGGGAGGUUUUAGAGAUCACCAGCCGCUUCUUUUCCUCUCCUCUCCGCUGGGAGUCAGACCCCCAGGAUCCAGAGCCAUGGAGCCCUCCGUGUCAACUGAGGUUGAGGAUGAGCCCAAGGAGAGGAAGAAGAUCCACUUCGCCAUGCCGUCCUCCGCGCCCACCAACCUGGACCCCCGGCAAGUGGAGAUGAUCCGACGCAGGCGGCCCACACCCGCCACGCUGUUCAGAGUAGCCGACCAGUCGUCUCCCGAGGACGAUCAGUCCACUCAUCAGGUAAAGUGGGUCGUGGGAGAGAACGGAGUGCUCAAACCAAAACGGGUCAAUCCAAACGUCUAUCAGCCUCCGUCGCUCAAAGCUGUGCAGAAGAUGGCUGAAGCGCACAUGCAGAACCUAGGUGUCUACCCUCCUUUGGAAGACCCCUGUGAAGGGGAGGAGGAGGAGGAGGAGGAGGAGGACGAGGACUGGCAGGGAGAGGAGUCAUCUCCCGCCAAAGCUGCUGAUCACCAAGGCACAGCCGCCACUGAACAGUCAGUCAAGUUUUCCAACGUGAGAGAGACGGGCAAGCAGAUCCAAGCAGCGCAGGAGGAAGAGGAGGAUGAGGAAGAGGAGGAGGAGGAGGAGGAGGAGGAGGGGGACAAAAUCAAGACAACAACAGAGGAGAACAGUCGGGGGUGUAACUGAGAGAGAGAUAGAGAGGGGGUGGGGGGAGCUGGGGAAAUGAAACGCAGAUAUGGGGAGAAAGUGUAGUGGUGUUUUGUCAAAAGGUUAAAAUCUGAAGGAAAUAUUAGGCGUCAGUUUUUGAAUGAGAGUAGAUGAGAGCCGUCUGAAUGAUAGAUAUUUCCAUCAAACACGCGAGUGAGCAACGAUUUCUGUACCACUUCACCUCUACGGGGUCCGCUGGAUUUAAAAGAGAGGACAGAAAGGGAGUUUGUGUGCAAGUCAGCCCUUAUGAGAUGGUGAGGAAUGAUCUACUGAUGGAGCGGACUACAGCAGGCGCCGCUUUGGCCCUUGGGUCCCUCAGUUUAUAAUGAGAGUCGUGGGGCCAAGGUCAGAUUGAGCUGAAAAACAAAAAUAAAAGGAAAGCCAGACUUCCCUUCAACCUUAACGCUUCUGCACAGCUACAUGUUAAUUUAAUGUGUGUAAAGUAGUCACCGUAUACACACAGUACACAUUAUUAACAGAGAGGGUGGCUUAUAUGAUCUUUUACAGAAGCCCUUGAAGUUCUUGAAACGUGUUCGGCCUGGUAAGACCUUUGUGUGUGCUGCCAUCUUGUGGUAGAAAGUAGAAACGAUGAGUUUAAAGUUCUGCUCCAAGUUAUAAUCCUAUAAUACAGUUUUAUGAGACCAAAUCCUAUUUCUGAUGCUAUUUACAGUCUACAUAGUUUUCAUUGCUAAAGUCCAGACUAACUGUAGUGAUAUCAGCUUCACUGUUUACUUUUUAGUCCUAGUAAAACUGUGUCACGUAUGCUUACUAUAAGUGGUCAAAUGAGAAACCUUAUUGAUUAUAAAAAAUAAAAGUGCAGAAGCCAUUAGCUGGUAUUAAAACCAAUAACCUGUCAAUGUCUACAUGUGUAUUUGUGCACCUAUACUAACUUUCCAAAUAAAUUCUUGAUUUGACAUUAACUAACCCAGAAUUUGUGAGGAUCCAUGGCUUGGAGCACCACUUUGAAACCCGCGUAUGAGUUAGUGAUUGGCAUCAAAAUUGUUUCUUUUAUUUUAAAUCAUCCAUAAUCUCAGUGUUUUUAUUUUUUUGUUUUUUUUGCUUUUGUUUUUUUUUUCAAAUUUUCACGAUUUCAUGAUUUCAUGAAUGCUACCUCCCGACUUUUCAAAAUAUGCCAUCCAUCCACCUCACAUGAGAGCUGAAUUCAUCAUCACGUGUUUGGGAAUUAAAAAAAAAACUCUGAAUAUCUCAAUUUCUCGCUCACAGGAUAACUUUUUGUACAUGAACACUUUUAUAAAGUCAUCUUUUUAAUUGCUCCCUCGUGAUUUGUAAGUCAAGGAUGUGUUGUGAGAGCUAUUUUUCUAACCUGAACCCCAGGGCAUGAGGAGCUCAGCUCUGUCCUGCUUCUGCUGCCUGUAUGUAAACACUCGGAUGACUCAACAGGCCUGCGUGGAACAUGCAGAAGUACAAGCCUAAAACCAGGCACUGCGGCUAUGACUGACAUUUCAGCAAAAUGCUCACAGCGUAAAUUCUGUGUGCUGUUUCUACCAUAGAUAAUGCCACACCUUUUGCUUGGGGUCUACAGCAACUUUAAAUAUCAUUAGCCAAAUUCUCUCUAAUUUCCAAUUUAACUGAAAAGUGCUCUGUUAAAUAAGGUUUCAAGUUGUGCCACAUGAUGAAUACAUCUUGGUGUUUGUAUCGUCUGGGCUGCUCUUUGUAUAUAAAACUUUGUGAAACUUUUUUUUUUUUUUUUUAACCUUUGACCUUCUCAAAUUGUGGGAUGACCAGAUGAGCGUACUGGGAGUGUUGAGACUCUGCAGCUGGCACUGUCGUCCAUCCCUCGCUUUCUGUCCACUGCCUCCCCUCUCCUCCCGGGUCAGAAGAAAACAACCGUGGGACGACAUAUAUGAACUCUAAUGCUUAUUCUGUCUUUAUUUUCUUUAAUUUCCCAUUCUUUUGUUUCUCAAUGUGAUGUGGUUGUUUUAAAGUGAGCAACUAUAUGAUAUCAAAAUAAACCAAUUUUCUUUUUCUCCUUUAACACAA